AUGUCUGAACUCAAGAAAACUGAGGAAACACAACACUGGAACUUCCCAGCAAUAUGUACUGCAACUUUCAAACUUUUAAAAAAUUGAAAACUCCCCCAAAAAACGUAACAUCUUGUCAUAUUUAUAUGUCUAAAUUCGGGUAUUCUGCAGCAACACAUCCCUCAAACUUCCCAGCACCGUACUGCACCUUUAAAAAAUUGAAAACUCAAAAAAAACUGAUUCUUCUGUCGUUGCUCUCCCCUAAUCCCACUCCAAAUCCACUUCUGCUGUAUUUGGGCUGAAAUGCACCAAUUAAAUCAAUUCUAGCUGACUUUGAUCUACUUCCCUCAAAUUGUGCAGGGAUUUCAAAGCACGAGACACGCACAGAAACACACACGCACACACUCGAGAGAGAGAGGCUCUGCUCCCUCAACAGCAGGGAUAAGAGAUGGGAUGUGGAAAUUCCUCUCCAACCUACACCAACAAUAACAGCAGCAGCAGCAGCAGCAGCACAGGAGGUCGUGCUGAGUCUUCAUCAAAAGGAUCAGAAGACUCUGUGCCAGAUGACGACAAACGGAAGAAUUAUGGAGGCGUCUACGUGGGUUUGCCUACAGACCUGAGCAACAUUCCUCAAGUACAGAUAGGAUCACUAAGAGAGAAUGAGAGAGACUCCCUCAGGAAGCCGCUGUGGGGGAACAGCCUCUAAUUUUAAUGAAGAUCCAGGUGUGACAGAAGAAUGAUAUGUCAGGAGGGAGUUUGUCGUGUGAGAAGAAGAAAUUCUCCAGGCGACCGUCAGAUCCUCAGUGUUGUCAUCAGGAAGUCUCAGAUGGGAAACAGCAGCAGCAGCACCCAGCGGAGCCAAUCUCCUCUCUCAGCGUCCUCUGUAAUGGGACCAACUACACCCGGUUUGACUGACUGUGGAGCCGAACUGGUUAUAGACUUCUGUGCUUUUAUGGAAGCAGAUGUCAACCUGGACUCACGCUUUAUAAAACAGAGACAGUUUGAUGUUUAUAAAGAUGAAGGUGUGCCAAGACGCUGCAGAUUUUUAUCUCAUCCAUCGACUUCACUAGAGGAUCCGACUGGGUGAGCUUCAUUUGGCUUCAUUGGCAUGCUGCAAGCAAGGGCACCAGAAGUAGUAGUCCAAGGGGCCACUUUACUCUCCUCCCACAUUCUUUUUAUAUUGCAUCCUAUAUUGAAACACUUACGGUAAUUCAUUCCCGUCCACUCUAAGACAUUAGGUAAAAUAAAGCGGGCAAACAAAGCAGGAAGAAUAUUUACAUUUUAAUCCAAUCAAAGAAGACAUAGUCACACAAAUCAAAUGCAUACAGUGUAUAUUGCGACCAAUAAAAUUGUUUCAGUGCUUUGUUACAUUGUUUAAGUUUGUUUGAGCCGUUAACUUAGCUAGCUGAACUAACCAUAGCUAUCAAAUAGUAACAUAAUAUAAGAGAGUGAAAUACAGUCAAACAAAACCGUUAAUGUUAGGGUUAAUGUUUGACCUCACCUAAACUCACCUGUAGUUCGGUGUGUUUGGAGUGAAAACCUGCACGCUCUCGGUCCUCCAGGGCAAACAGUAUACAUAAAGUGGCUCCUGCUGUGAGAUGACGUCAGUGAACUGUAUUUCUCCAUGGGGCAUUUACACGGCGAAGAAACGAAAGCUGCGUGUUUGUUACUGAACAGAGAGUCGUUUUUGUGCUCAAGGUGAACUCACGAACGAUGCUGGUUGUUUAGGACGUUGCUUAACUAAACCAUAUCAUGUCAUACACAUGUAGGCUACAGGGACUGUAGAUGGAGAGAGGUUACGAUUCAACUGGAGGUACUGCGGUGAUUUGGAUUGUACAAGCGUGUAAUGCUGCAGGGUUAACACUACUGGUCAGGAGUUGAUAGAUUUGUAACUACUUGCUUUCGAGAGAUUAAAUUUCCUGGUAUAAAGUUAAAAUCUAGACACAAUGUUAAAGAAUAUGGCUGGCAAUUUUCUGUGUUUUUUCUUUCUGUCAAGGAAUCAUCAAUGAACUCAUCCUACUAACUAGUAUUG